GAAAAGGAUGCUUGAAUUUCCCUCUAAGUCACGAUUCACUUUGCGCAUGUUUUGUCGAGUAAUGGGUGAAAGGAAAAUUGCCUUUUUUAUCAUUGUUCAAGGAAUAAUGUUUACAGAACACGCCACUUCUACUAAUUCGGCUCUCUUUAAAACGCGAGAAAAUACUCGGCUUAAUGGUCAUGUCGUUAAGCAGUUUCAAUCGCCCAGUUUUAUGUCAUGCAAUCACUGGUGCCUCAGGAACUCCUGGUGUACUUCAACAAACUUCAGAGAGCUAUCCGAGGUGAACAAGAAAGGAAUUUGUGAACUAAACAAACAUGGAUACGUCGAUCAGAAUACAAACCUUGAUGAUGAAAAAGGGGUGACAUUCUCUUUGCUCGUGAAGAGACAUCACCUUCCUUGUGCUGCAGGCCUCACUGGACCUCUAUGUCAAUACGUUCCCUCAGAAUGCAAUCAGCAAAAGAUUCUGAAUGACUCCGAUCGACACAGCGAUUUUGGUCGUGGUGACAGAAAAUGUGACAACCAUUUGACAGAAGACUGGUACAGAUUCUCAGCGGGGGCUGGAACGAGUAUACCUACUCACUGUCUACCGCACCAUAGAUGUGGAACGGACUUGCCGGGGUGGAUGGACGGAGCACAUCCAACAGUUGAUGAAGGAGUCGUUUCUAGAAAAGUUUGUUUUCAUGGCUAUGGUAAAUGUUGUUACCACAACAUUAUGAUCAACGUACGCAAUUGCAGCUCUUUCUUAGUAUACAGACUGAAACCGGUCCAAGUUUGUGCCAGCCGGUACUGUGGAAAAAGUUAGAGGCUGAAACACAAAUCUUGUUUUUAAGGAUACUGUAUCCUUAGUCGUUUGUUUAACCUGCCGUCGAACUAGUUCAGAUAUCACAAGCACGUCAGGAAUGAAACUUAACUUUAAAACAGUUCGUCCUUUUUUAAGAAUUUUCAUUUAGAAUAUUAAAGGAGGCCUGAUCAAGACUUUGCAGAAUUAUACGAGUAAAA